AUGACGGGUACACGGUUUGCCAAUUCAUUCUGGGAUGACGAUGACCGGGGGGUCGAUGUUAUAGCCGACAAGUUGGAGCUUUCCAAGCAAACAUGCGAUGAGAUCAGAAAACUCUAUGAGAUCAGGGCACAAAUCGAAGAAGACUAUGGCGAACGACUACUCAAGUUAUCACAAAUGGAAGUGGGUCGUGCUGAACAGGGCACCUUAGCCGAGAGUGUAUCGCAUAUACCGAGUGCCAUUGAGAUCACAGCCAGAGCCCAUGUGGAUCUAGCCAACCAGUUACGCCAACAUCUUCAGGCACCAUUGGAUGGGUUUACCAACGACCAGAGUGAAAAACGCAAAGCGCAAUCACAGCAAGUAGAGAACUCUAAACAGCUGAGAUCGAUGCAUUAUGCAAACGUGAUGCGGACAAGGGAUCUUUACAUGGCCGAAUCCACUAAGCUUACAGGCAUGGAGAAGUAUAUCACUGAACGUCAUCAAGAAUUAUCACCGGAUGAGGUGCAUCAGGUUGAAGAGGAAAUUGAGGAGCAAAAGAAGCUUGUUAUUGCCGCAGAAAGCGAGUACAAGCGAGCAGUGGAUGUGCUUAACGACGUGACCCAAAAAUGGAUAUCGGAUUGGCAGAGCACUUGCGAUGUAUACCAGGAAUUAGAAGAGUCUCGGAUCAACUUCAUUCGAAGUAGCUUGUGGGCAUUUGCAAAUAUGAUGUCAAGCGUUUAUAUCGUGGAUGAUCAGUGCUGUGAAAGGAUUCGCUCGGCAUUGGAAUUGACAGACGUGGAUAAGGAUAUCAAGAGUUUUAUUGACAAGUAUGGAACAGGAUCAAAGGUCACAGCUAUGAUGUCCUAUGAAGAUCCAAUGAAUAUCUCUAAUGGUGUCACCGAUCGAGGUCCACAGCCACCGCCACCAACCAUGUCUCUACCACCUGUGCCUUCAGCGUUGCCGAAUCCACCAUCAAAUGCAACCGCCACUGAUAUUGUUGAUACAAGCAAACCGCCACCCACGAGAGCCUAUUCAGAUGAUCCAGUCUCACGUGAACAAAAUGACCAUAAAUCAGUUGGACGUCCACUUUCUGAUUCCCAAGUACGAGAACCACCACAGCAAACGUAUGGCACUAUUCCUACAAUGAGCAUGCAUGAGGAUGAAAGCAAACGUGGAUCAACAUCAUUAUCAUCUUACGCGCACAAUCGUGAAUCUGCCCUCGACUCACUCCAUGGAUUUGAAUUUGUUGAAUACGCACAACCUUUGGAGGAGGAUCAUCACUCUGGAAAACGAGCAAGUGUUCAAUCACGUGAUCAACGUCAACAACAACAACAACAACCAGAUACAAUGUCAUUUGCAUUCAAAGAGAUUGAGAGUAUGCUUGAUGGCGUGGGCCAUGAUGUCGAUGUUGAUUCAUUAUGCAUCAAGGAAAAGCCAACCGACAAGGCAUCAUCAUCUGCAGCAGCACCUGAAGCACCUAUCAUAGCACGUACAAUGUCACCACCACCCAUAGCGCACAAUAAUGCUUCACCUACGACAUCGCCUUUGCAUAAUAAUGCACCUCCUAUGACAACUUCUAUUUCGACGCCGACAGAGACUCCUGCCCCUCGUGAACCUAUGGUGACUUCACCUCAACAAUAUCCCCAAGAUAUGAACAAUUCUCGUCCUUCGUCUUCAGUAGAACGUGCUAUAUCACCAUCCAUGUCAAAACCAACACGUAACGGCAGCGACAUUUCAGACAAAAGCAACAAUAGCAAUAAUCUUCGUUUCAAGCCUAUACCCAAUCCAUCUUAUGAUGGACCCAAACGACCUUCCUCCACUGAAUCAGCUACUGCAAAAUCGCCUGAGAAUCAUGUUACUGAUAUGCGUGCGCCUUCACCAGCCAAAAUGGCACCAUCACCACCACAACCCAAGCUUCAAAAUAUCCCAACCCCAGGAGAGGAUGAAGAGGAGAGUGAGGAUGAGUUUCCACCUUUGGUACGACCUAAGCCAAGAGAAGAGAAAUGGAUGAUUUCAUCGAUACGUCGACCACAACAAUUACCUGUACGGACACAAAAUGCACGCAUUUAUGAUCGUCAAAGCACCAUUCCAACCCUUGCUGUAGUAGGCAUGCAUGGAACAACACCACCCGAAUUGAAAAUUGAUACAUCAAUGGGUCAACCUCCUCAACCUUCAGCUGCUGCUGGUGCUGCUCAUCAAGCACUUGAGACUGUGCGUGCUCAACUUCAACGUCAUGCUUCAUCACCUACACCCACCGAUUUGUCAGCUACAGCAGAACAACAACAAGCGGGGAUUCGUGCAGCACCAUGGCAACAGCAGCAACAGCAACAACAACAAUUAUCGAUGGCUCCUCCAGAACCACGCUCUGAUUACUAUUCUACAGGUGGCCUUGGUCGACAAAACAGUGUUAAUGGUCCUCGCCCUGAAAGUAGACAACAUUUGACUCCUGUUCCCGGUGAUGAUUAUAUGAUACCAACAUCUUCUUCUUCAAUGCAACAACAGCAACCACCAUCACAAACACAACCCUACAAUGUUGUACCACCACCGCAAGCAUCCUAUCCUCCUCCUCCUCAACAGCAGCAACAACAACAACAAGCACCUCAACCAAAACCAUCUCAGAGUCAAAAUACCAAAGAAAAGAGUGGAGGUCGUUUUUCAUUAGCGAUUUUCGGCAAAAAGCGUGGUAAAGAAGAUGAGAAUGUUCCUGAAGUGCCAAAGAUGCCAACGUCGCAAAGCGAAAAGAGACAACCACAGCAAUCACCAUUACCCCCGCCGCAAGAAAAUCGAUCUUCGAUGCGUGGUAACCGAUUAUCGGAUGGAAUGCCUAUCCUUGGCUAUGUGCGUGCCUUAUGGGGUUAUGAAGCCAAGAUUGAGACUGAAAUGUCAUUCAAAGCGGGUGAUACAUUUGCAGUGAUUCACAAACAACCUGAUGGAUGGUGGGAAGCUGAAUUACUUGAUCCUUCAAGGAGAACACGUGCUUUGAUCCCAGGCAAUUACAUGGAAGCAUUGCAGCAAUAA